AACCGGCCCUGGAUUUCUCUUAGGUUACUCUCAGGGUUCUUCUUCACUUGCGUGCAUUAGUGGUGCAAGCUUGAUAAUGCGUAAUUUAGCGUGAUUAGUAGUGGAAGUGCGAAUUUGCGAUUAAUUUGCUGAGCUAUAAUUCUAUUGCAAUCGACAGGACAAUAGAAUGUUUAAUCGCGCAAGUCACACUUAGAAUUGUUAAUGAAAUUCCCAUCGUACUUUAUUGUUUGUGGUUCAGAGAAGAUGCCCCGCAAUGAACAGUUUGCAAUUCUGCAUGAGCAUCACGUAGUUGUGUUGUCAUGGCUGCCUAUAUAAACCGCACUAUCUCUCUGAUGGCCGGGGAUGGGCCAAUCCCUGGGCCAGGAGGAGAUGCACGCAAUUUACGUGACUCCUCUCCCCUGCAGAUCUUUGUGAAGGCCAAGAAGAAGAUUAAUGACAUUUUUGUGGAGAUUGAGGACUACGUCAGGGACACUGUGUCUUACAUGCACACUUUACAUCAAGAUCAGAAUAUUGUCGUCCAAGAUGAAUCAACCUUGGUUGGAGGUUAUAUCACAAAAGUUAGAGGAAUACGGGAUGUCCUAACGCGUGACCACAUGAAAGUUGCAUUUUUUGGCCGGACAAGCAAUGGGAAGAGCACUGUAAUCAAUGCCAUGUUAAGAGAUAAAAUCCUCCCAAGCGGUAUUGGCCAUACUACAAACUGUUUCUUACAAGUGGAAGGCUCAGAUAAUGGUGAAUCUUAUCUUAUAACUGAAGAUUCCACUGAGAAACAGAAUGUCAAAUCCGUAGGGCAGCUUGCUCAUGCUCUCUGCAAGGAGAAACUUGGAGAAAGUCAACUUGUGCGAAUCUUUUGGCCAAAAGACAAAUGUCUUUUGCUGAGAGAUGACGUGGUAUUUGUAGAUUCUCCUGGCAUAGAUGUAUCCCCCAAUCUUGAUGAAUGGAUUGACAGACAUUGCCUGGAUGCUGAUGUGUUUGUCCUUGUUGCAAAUGCAGAAUCCACUUUGAUGUUAACAGAAAAGAACUUUUUUCAUAAAGUUUCUACCCGCUUGUCGAAACCUAACAUUUUCAUCUUGAAUAACCGUUGGGAUGCUUCUGCUUCAGAACCUGAAUAUCUGGACCAGGUGAGAGGACAACACAUGGAGAGAACUGUUGAUUUCUUAGUUAAAGAAUUGAAAGUAUGUACUCAGAAAGAGGCCAGUGAGAGGAUUUUCUUUGUAUCAGCUAAAGAAGCUUUGCAGGCCCGAUUAAUGGAACAGAAAGGGCAACCUGCUCAUUCGGGAGCUUUAGCAGAAGGUUUCCCAACCAGAUACUUUGAGUUUCAAGACUUCGAAAGAAAAUUUGAAGAAUGUAUUUCCAAGUCAGCUGUAAAAACAAAAUUCGAACAACAUUGUCAGAGGGGCAAAUUGAUAGCAAAUGAAAUUCAUGGAGUGAUGGAUGGUGUUUAUGAUCGUGCUCAACAGUUACGCAGUGAGAAAAAUGUUACUAAAAAGGAGCUGUAUGACAAACUGAACUUCACCGAGCAACAGUUGUUGCUAUUGACCCAAGAAAUGAAGGACAAAAUUCAUCAAAUGGUGGAAGAUGUUGAGCAAAGAGUUUCAAAAGCACUAAAUGAAGAAAUACGUAGAUUAGCUGUCCUUGUAGACGAGUUCAACUUACCCUUCCAUCCAGAACCAUUGGUGUUGAAUGUUUAUAAGAAAGAACUUCAUUCCCAUGUGGAAAAUGGUUUGGGCAGUAAUCUGCGUGCAAGACUAUCGACAGCUUUGGCACUAAAUAUUGAGAACAGUCAAAGAGAAAUGACAGAACGCAUGUCAGCUCUUCUUCCUGCCGACAAGAAGCAAGUGACACUAAAUGUUUUACCUCGAAGAGAACCUUUUGAAAUCUUAUACAGGUUGAAUUGUGACAACCUAUGUGCGGACUUUCAUGAGGAUCUGGAAUUUCGGUUCUCUUGGGGGAUCACAUCUCUUAUCAAUCGAUUUGCUGGAAAACAAGGUCAUCGAAUUGCUUUGGCAAAUUAUACCAGUCGAAUUCCGCGUGAUUUAUUGUCACCUAGUGAGAAUGUAGAUCCAAAUACUAAGUUUUCAUCUGGUAUGGUUGCCCAGCGGCAGUCUGGAGAUGAUUGGUCCUUGGCCUCACGCAUUGUGAUGGCAUCUAUAAGCUCUCAAGGCACUAUGGGAGGAUUACUUUGUGCAGGCUUUCUGCUGAAGACUGUUGGAUGGCGUUUAAUUGUCAUUUCUGGAGCUGUUUAUGGCUUGCUGUAUCUGUACGAGCGACUCACUUGGACUAACAAAGCCAAGGAACGAUCAUUUAAAAAUCAGUAUGUAGGCCAUGCUACUAAGAAAUUGAGACUCAUUGUUGAUCUUACAUCUGCAAAUUGUAGUCAUCAAGUUCAACAGGAGCUUUCAAGUACUUUUGCCCGCCUGUGUCAUCUGGUGGAUGAAGCAACUAAUGACAUGCAUUCAGAUAUUAAAGCUCUAGAGAAGGAAUUGAAACUUUUGGAAGAUGCUGCCAACUCUGCGAAAAUGUUACGCAACAAAGCCAAUUAUUUAACAAAAGAGUUAGAGAUAUUUGAAGAUACAUAUUUGAAAAUGCAAGGUUGAACCCUUGAUAUGGCAGCAGGGGUUUUGUUGACCACAGUUGUUUCCCUGUUCAGAACGAGAAAUUGAUUCUCUGGAAUAGUUGUUUUUUGAGGUUUCUGGUGCAUAUCACAAUACGCCAGCAUUUGGGUCAGAGUCAACUACAAAGGUGUUUGGAAAUCAACAGCUAUUUUCUUUUCAUGAGUUGCACAAUAAUUAGUGAAAAUCUUUGAGGAUAAAACAAACAAAAAAUUCAGACAAGACAAAAAACUACAAAAUUGCUCUUUGGGAAAUUAAACAUUUUUGAAUGUGGGUAAGUUUGUGUAUUCAGCGAUAUGUUUACCCUAAAUUUUUCAUAUCCAGUCUGCUAAAUAAGUAGGUUUUGGUUAUUUCUGGUUGAUAGCUACGUUAUGUACUUUACUACAAAUCAAACUGUGGUCUUCGUUCCCCUCUUUUGUAUGUAGUAUGAAUUAACUACUUAGCUUGUACAAUUGUAAAUUAACUGAUAGUUUUUAUUUGUACAGCAUUUAGAUUAAUUUAAAAAUAUGUUUAAAGGAAUACACUAUUGUGGGUUUUAUUUAUUUUGUUGGCAGCUUGGUUUAGUGAUAUACCAUUUGAACAAAUGAACAUUGAAAACCACACUGCCAAACACUGAAACAUGAAUUAAUUGGAAAGUGUCAAUAGCUUUGUUGAAUCUUAGUCUCUUUCAGUCCUUUUUUGGAAAAUUUUAUUCAAAUGGUUUAACAGUUUUCAUAAAUUAAGACAAUGAACCCUGUGUUUUUUUUUCAUUCAACAUGUUUCGUUUUUUUGACAAAUUUUUUGAAGUAUUGAUGUAGUGUAGUUUGGCUCAUUUAAAAUGAUUUGCAACUGUUGGUAGUCAUUUAGAAGUCAUAUAUUUGAGUUUGAGUCUAUUUGAAUUUUUCACUUGCCCUGCAAACAGUAAUUGUAUUUGAAGAUAAUACUAACACCUGAGAUGUUUUAAAAUGGUGUCUUCCAAUUCACAUUCAGUGUCAUUGCCUUACAUUUGGAACGGGUAAUAAAGCAUUGAUGGUAGUACAAGAUUAGUGUGUGAAAACACGGAAUUGGGCAUAACUUCUUUGUUGGAGGAGUUGUGAGUCUGUAUUUGUCUGAUAGUUCUGAAGGGAAAAAUCUAAUUGGAAAUUAAGAGAAGAUGGUAAGGUGGUUGAAUAAAACAUUUCUGAAUGCUAACUACUCAAUUGUGAGGUAAGAUUUCAGUGUGUCCAAUCUUUUAUAAAUUUCAUUCCGAAAGUAAAUGAUGGUAUAUAUUUGCAGACACUGAAAGAAGUUACAUUGCACUAGAGGGCAGAAAAUAUUGAUUUGUAUUUAAAGAGCUUUGAUGAAUUUGAUUAUUAAUUGUAUUGGUGAUUAAUAAGACCAGAUUUAAAUUCUAAAAAUAAUUUGUAUUAAAUUCUCUUUAUUAAUUCGUAUAUUUCAAAAUUUUUAUUAUCAAACAGUUUAUAUUUUUUAAUGGAUAAAGUGUUAUUUGAAAUAUUUAUAGACUGAUAGCAUGUUAUGAAGUGCAAAGUUUUAUUGUGUUAUUCUUGUGCAUUCUGUAAAUAACAGGAGAAAUAAGUUUUAUAUUUGUGUUCAUCUUUUUUGACUUCAGACUGAUUGAUAUAAUCAGAAUGAAUAUUGUGAAAAGUGGCCUUUCACAAAUGUUUGUUUUGAAAACGUCAUUGUUGAAUUUAAUAUGGUAGGUUCCACUAGUCAGAAUAAGUUUUUGACGUGCAUUAAUGUACAUUGUCAAAAAUAUAUGUACAGCAGCAUGUGUGGAGUGAAAUACAGAAAUAAUAUUCAGCAAAUUUGUUAUUUUUUUUCUAUUAUAAAACCUUUCAUCAUUGUACAUUGAUAUUUAGACUAUAUACAUAAUACUUGAAUUUGUAAGAUUUUAUUUUACAUGCAGUAAUAUUGAAUUGUGUUAUGGUAGGCUGGAUGUGUUUUGUAAAUGGUGUAUUGUUCCUUUACUAGAGUUAAUCACAUUUAUCAUUUUUUUUCUAUUUGAGAUGGUCUCAUGUUAAGCAUUUUUACUAAACCCUGCAAUUUUUUGCAGUCUUUUAUUAAAUUGUCAGUCAGUUCAAGUCUGAGGUUUACAUUGUCAUUUAAGUGUUGCUAUAAGGGAGACUAUUUUUAUGUAUGUGAAUUAAUAAUAAACUUAUCAAUAUCAUCAAUAUUGUGUCUUUUGUGUGUAUAUAUGUUAAGAGCAUAUGACACAUUUCCAAUAAAAGUUUUUUUCAAAGACACAGGUGGGUUAUUUUCAUUCUUCCAAAGAAUUACACUAGUAAUGUUUAUUAUGAUAGGAAGUUAAUUUUGAUACGUGUAUUCAUUCAAAAUAAGAUGGAGAUCAUACUUGAAAGAAAUUCCCAAUUGCUCAAAAUUUGCUAUUUUUCUAAUUCAGUCAUUUUGAUUUUAUAAUGCGCACAGGAUUCUCUCAAUUCAUGCAGAGUUAGAUUACUUCAUGGAUCAAUAUUUUCUAUUUGAGAUUGGAAGCAUUAAGGCCAACUGCCUCUAAUUUUGUAAGUUCAGUGGUGACUAAGGAAAUCGUACUGUGUACUAAUGAAACUUGAGAUAACGAUCAUUGUAUUAGAAUUCCAAAUUAUUUACAAUACUGUUUUAUAUUUCUCUUCAUGAAUAGAAUUUGAACAUGGUAACACACAACUUGCAUGUGAGAAUCAGAGUAUAUAUGAGUGAGAAUUAUCUUGUGUCCAAAUGGAAGGACCGUGUGCAGAGAUUCUUGUCUUGGUGUGCUCCCUUGCAAGACAUCUAUUAUUGUUUUGAAGAUAAAUAGUUAUUUUCUGUUACUAGUGCUCUAGAAAUGUUUCCUGGCCCCUUAUAUUUAAUUUGGUCAGUAUUUUCUGAAGUUUUUUAAUCUUUUUGAACAAAGAAUGUUGAUUGCAACUCUCCAAGAAAAUAUCUGUGAAUUGUGCUAGGAUAAUGACCUGUGCUGCCAGUCUGCAAUGUGUUAAUUCUGUAUGUUGAUUUAAAAUACUUGUCAUACAAUAUUAAUAAAAAAAA